GGAAAAUCUCUCGUUGGCGCGGUGCUGUGCUCGUCGCAUUCAAUUAAAAUUGAAAUUAAAGCAAAUCGAAUCGGUGAGGUGCGCGUGCAGACUGUUUAGAAUUCCUACGUAUUUUAAUUGGAUCGGACGAGACCGACGGCCAAAGUCGUGGUCUUAUCAAGCUCGGUGCGUGCAUGCAAAUUUUUGGCAUAAAACAGCCGCGACUUCUUAAGAGACAGCGCACUAGUCAGAGUUCCGCCGGGCCAGCAGCUACUCCAGUCCAGAUUCAGAUCCAGAUCCAGACCCACUACUACUGCAACUGAACUCGAGCGAACUCAACUGAACUCAGCCAAACCAAGUCAAAUCAAAUCACCUGUGGAGAUUUCAUAAUCCCAGCCAGGAAUAUUCCGAUUCCGAACGCGAGUGAAAGUGCGCGAGUGUUGGUGCGGCCGAAAGCAAAGAAAAUUCCCCAAUCAAUUGUGUCAGCAGUACACAUCAUCCGGAAAACACAGAAGAUACAGAGCCAUCAUGAGCGGAUACACAGACCUCACCAAGCUGGAGACAAGUCGGAACUGCCUGCGCCGCAUAGCCCGUCACGAUGAGCAGCAGUUCUCCAAAGACAGCAUCGUCAAUGUGAUGGAGAAGUUUGUAAAGACUGUCAACAUUAUGGACGACACCAUACUGGUGCCAUGCAGGCUCAUGGAUCGACAGAUCGGCGACAGCACUGACAUCAUCCCAGCCACCGGCAAGGACUCAACCGCCAACCAGCUGACACAGAGCUCCAGUGCCCACGGAAAGCGGGGGGCGGCGCACUCGAAGAAUGUGCAAGAUUUCCUCAGCGCCUCCGAGCUGUUCAAUCUGUACAACAUGCUGAACUCGCUCAAAAAGGACCUGCUCUGGACCGCCAACCAGGAGGACGAUGAGCAACACCCCCAGGAGCAGCUCAACGCCAGUCCCAACCCCACUUCGAAUUGCAAUCCCAGCGAGAGCAAGACUGAGUCCAGCGGCAGCCCAAGCACAAGUGCCACGGGCAGCGUGAAGGGCCAUGUGCGCCGCACCUCCACCGCCUCGAUGAUGUCCACCAACUCGGUGAGCAACAUGAGCGACUCGGACUCGGACAUCUCGCAGGAGAACGACUCGGGACUGGAGUCGGACGGCAACAAGAGCGACCACGCCCAGAGCACCGACGGCAGCGACAUCGUGGACGUUGCCAAGUCGAAGCAGGGCUCCGGGGACAAGGCCACGGAGCUGGCGCAGCGCUGCCGGAGGCAUCUGAACGGUCUGUACCAGUGCCUGGAACAAAUGACAGAGGCGGCCAACUACCUGACCGCCAGAUACCAAAGUGAUAUUGGGCCCGUCUAGGACGGCCAACUCAACGCCUUCUCGACCCUCUUCUCCUACGCCUCCUAUUCCUACACCUACACUUUCACUUCCUUUCGAGCUGGGCGGGGUUAACUUCAUAUUAUAGUCGCGGGCGGGUCUUCACACUCAUAAGUAUCAAGUGCAGCAAGUGUGAGGUCUUUCUUUAACUUUAACUAUAUCUGUAUCUGUAUAUCUAUAUCUAUGUAUAUGAUUAUGUAUAUGUAACUUGAGGGGGUGCUAAGUAAGACAUAUGAGGAUCGUAUGUGUGCAUGAGGAUUGUAUAAAUGUAUAACUGAGGAUGAUAAAUAACUGGUAGUUAUAGUAGUGGAUAAAGCAGCGCCUAAAGCAACAAAUCAACAAACGUUCUAUUGUAAAAAUUUUAA